AUGACGAUCACCACGUCACUUCAGUCCUUGGUCAACCGCCUCGGGCAGAUUGCACUGAAAGACGCCGCAAACCCCUCUCCACAAGUCCACUAUGAGCUACUGCAAAUGAUUGAGCAGCUGAGAGCUGCUGUGGAAUCGCCCACCGAGACGGUAUUGCGUCUGAUCUACCAGCCUCCGCAGAAUUCCGCACUGCGCAUCGUGAUUGAUCUAGGUAUCUUCAGCUUGCUCGUGGAGAGCUGGCCGGGGGACACAGGUCUCUCCGCCACUCAGCUGGCUGAGUAUACGGGCGGCGAGCGGGAUCUCAUUGUCCGGCUGAUGCGUGUCAUGGUGUCUUUGGGGUUGUGCGGCAUGUCAGGCCCAGAAAUCUACAUUGCGAAUGAAAAAACCGUGGCAUUCACCCAACCCAUUGGAAGAGAUGGCCUGGCUUGCAUAUAUGAUCUGACACUGCCAGCCCUGAGCAAGCUUCCCGAGUAUAUGCGCUCCCACGGAUACUCAAGCCCGAAGGAUUACACACAAUCCCCGAUGCAGUGGGCUGUGGGCCAGAGCCAGUUUGAAUGGCUGUCCAGUCACCCAGAGCAGCAACAGAUGUUUAACUCCUAUAUGACAAGUCGACGCGAGGGCAAGCCAAUGUGGUUUGAUGUGUACCCCGUUGAACGAUUACUCGGCCAUGGUGUUCCUUUUGAGGACACAACGCUCUUAGUCGAUGUUGGAGGUAAUCGAGGACAUGACCUGGUCAAGUUCCGCCAAAAAUACGACCAUCUACCCGGAAGAUUGAUCUUGCAGGACUUGCCAGACGUGGUUAAGGGGGUCUCAGGAUGUGCCACACCGAUCGAAGUGAUGGCGUACAGCUUCCUGGACCCUCAACCUAUCCAGGGGGCCCGCGCAUACUAUUUCCGCGCAAUCUUCCAUGACUGGCCUGAUCAUAUUUGUCAAACCAUUUUGCGCAACACGAUCUCUGCUAUGGCGCGUGAUUACUCCAAGAUUUUGAUCGUGGAUUUCGUCCUGCCAGACACUGAAACCCCCUGA